AUUCCUUACUUUCAGAUGUUAUGCUAAAGGAGGUGCAGUCGUCUUGAGAACUAAAUUUAGAAACUUCAGACUAGGUGGUCGCUUAAUAGUGGCUACCCAACAGGAUGCGAAGUGAACAAAUAUAUAUUUUAAUAAUGCUUCGCCAUAUGAUCCAUGUAUGUCGUUGAAUCCAUAUUCAAAAAAAAUGGUGGAAAAGAAAGCCUUUCAGGCUCAUCAUCGGAACAUCUCAUCCGUAUCUGAAAUAUCUGUAACGAUAGAUCCAAUUAAAAGAGAGGAUGCCGACGAAAUUAAGGUCAUCUUCCUCUUGGACUCUCUUACAGAGAGAAAUAUGAUGUUUGAUCUCAUUCAUAGAUAUCUUCAAGAUGGACAGUCUGAUAUUGUCGGUGCCACCCUUCUUAAUCAUCAUUGGGAGCAACCUCAUAGGGAGUGCACAGGACAGGACUGUAUGCACUGUAUCCGAAGUGUUAUCCCUGGCGGAGGCGGAGGUCGAGAAGACCGGCGGGCGAGUGAUGACAGCGGUUUAACCUCGCGACCAGAUAAACCUAUAAAGACGCGGCAUGAAUCCUACACUUACAGUCUAGUAUCUAGCCAUGAGGGAUACUUUAGAUUUUUCCUGGAUGGACACCCUUUCCGACUGAUGAUGCUGAGCAAGGACAAGCAGAACCUUCUGAAGAUCAUCUCCUUCGACUUCCUCGUCGUCUGCAUGCAGGUCAAGAAGUUCCAGGUUCAGAAGGACAAGGAGUCGUCCAGUAGUAGUUGUUCGGCCAGCUUGGACGAAAAUAUCUGGGAGUUUGAAUGGAAACGUCUUGAUAAACAUUCCAAAAAGAUUCUUGCACCCAUUAUUCUUCUAGGAUAUUUUAGAGAUAUUUUAAAACUUGGACAAAUUGGACACGGGGAUUCACUCCCUUUAGAUAAAAUUAUGUACGAAAGUAAAAUGAACGUACAGCGUGUCUGUCGUAAAUAUCGCGCUAUUCCCCGCUUUUGCGACUUUGUCACUGGAUCCAGCCAGGAGCUGUUCGAGCUCUUCUCCGACAUCAAGAACCUGUUCUUCAAGACAGGAUACAUCCUUCAGCAGUGUGCGCUCGCGAACAAUAUUGCGCAUUUCAAGAUGGUGAUGGAAAGUGUUUCCUGCACAGAUGAGGAUCUGAACUACCAGGACCCGGAAACAGGAGACAAUCCUGUCAUGAUCGCAGCAAAACUUCGGCACAAAGAUCUUGUUUCUGAUGUGCUUCGAAGCGCAAGGUUUUCCAAAACGGACGAUUCCAACUUUCUUGAGAGAUUUAUUCACAGUAGAAACAAGUAUGAUCAAACCUUGCUACAUAUGGUAGCAAUUCAGGGUCCGGAACUGGAGGAGCAGAAACUUCUAAUUCUAAGAAAAGAAAUAGAAAUUCAUUGUCUCAGUGAGUUGACCCAUGAAUCUGACCAGCUCAAACUACAAAGAUGUCUCAGAUCUCAGCUGAAGUCCUCUGCCGAAGCUGCAAUAAUAAAUGAGCAGAGCCGAGCACUGCAGGGGAUUCCCAAAACUGUUCGAGAACUCAAGGCUGAGAAGGGGAAGAUCUGGUCCAAAUUAUUUUUCUCAACUCUAUUCCUCUCUCUUAUAUUUAAUGCAAUAGACACAGGGUCUGAUAUUCUGAUAAUGAUUCGAUAUUUCAAUGAGUUGGUUGGGAAGCUUGAGAUCUCCGAGGAUACUUGUGUAACGGAUACCUACCCAGGUAUUUACAAUGAUACUGCAUUUGACUGUGAAGAAGCGAACUGGGAGAAAGGAAAUAACAUCACCAUCAAAUGUUUUCCACUGAAGAUGGAUCCUCAGUCUAAGUUUGGUUAUACACUCUUCUUUAUCCUUGUUCCCUGGCCCUUCUUCAUCUACGAGUUCUUUACCUCCAGGCAUUACGAGAACUUGAAGAAUAAGGGUGCGGAGAUAGUAGAGGAAAUGUCUCAAUGUAACGGUAUAAAAUCUCUUCUCUUCAACUACCUCCGUCUCAUUCUCCAUUCCAUCACAUUUGUCUGUUGUGUAACCCUCUGGCCUAUAGCUGUUCUGUUUAUCAAGUACUAUGAAGAUGGAAAAUACUAUUUGUCUAAGGGGGCUAAGAAGGUGGCGAGGGAGAAGAAAAUUGAAACUUCUGAGGUUCUUUAUUCUACAGCUAGAGUAAUGGAGGUUAGCCUGGAAUCAAGUUUCCAACCAACUAUACAACUUUACCUUCUCUUCCCAACCCUGGUCCAACAGAUUGAAGGGGAAAAAUUCGUCUUUCAGGUUUUUACUCUGUGCAGAUCUGGAAAUAUUCCAGUAAUUAAACCAGAUCAAACCAUUUCCAUUAUCACUUCAAUUCUAAGUUUAUCAUGGUGCUUCACUGCAUAUCACGCCACGCUGAAGCGUGGUGCGCUGGACAAAGAUCUUGCCGCGCUCUUCUACAGAGCUGUUCUGUUUCUCUCCGUACUCUUCCAGAUCCUAGGUCGUCUUUUCAUAUUUGUCUUCUUCGCGUAUUCCUUCGGACCGGGACGAUACUAUCCUCUGCUGAUCUUCCUGGGGGCGCAUAUUGUGCUCAUGUCCCUGCUGCACUUUGUAUUCUCUGAUGCUAAGAAAUACUGGCAGAAAGGAGGUUUUCUCAACCUCUCCUUCUUCCACUAUCUGAUUGGGAACGGGCUCGCCAACAUCUAUAUUCAUAAUUGGAUCAGAAUGGACCCUCUUCUCCUUCCAUGGGCCAAACCUCUGCAGCAUGUGUCCACCUUGGUCCGACAGUUCUUGUUCGAUCUCAUCUUCAUAGCAGAGAACGUGGUCCUUCUAUCCAUUGCCCUCAACUCCCAUAUUAUAGAACUCAGGGAAGGCCGAGCAACGUAUGUUGUAGUACUGUUGGGAUUCCAGUUUGUUGGACUUAUUCUUAAAUGUGUUUACUACAGGUAUUUACAUAUAUGGGCCUGGUUAAUCAUGGAUUACACAACCAUGAAGCAAGAUGGGCACUGGAAAUGUUUCCUUUUCUCAAACAUGUUCCUUUGCGGGGAAAUCAGAGAGAGAAAGCUGCUGCUUUGUUGUAUUCCUAAACCAUUGUCGAGACUGUUUAAUAGCAUAUUUGGGGAGAGAAAAUGUGGAUCAAACGGACCAUCGUGCUCCCUAUGUAAAAUAUUGAUGACAGUUGUUCUCUUCCCGAUAGCGAUUGCCAUUGCAUUGAUCGCGUUCGUCGCCGCCGUGUUCCUCGGCGUUAUGUUCAUGCCAGUCUUUAUCGUCAUCAUUCUUCCCUGUCUUAUCAUUGUCAAGUGCAGACAAUCUCGGACCUCGAAUAAUAUAGUCAAGAUAACAGAGAGUGACAGUAAAAUGGACAAUUUCCAUCCAGCGGAGACAGAAAGGAAAACAUUUUCACCACAUUUAAAAAAAAAUUAA